AUGGCUGAAUAAGACUAAAACUUAGAACCUUAGGAAUAUCACCCAGACUAAGAUCAAUAACCUUUAAAACAAGACUUAGAUAAUAAUCAAAAUUUAGAUUAGGAGGGACAGUAGUAAACACAAAAAUACAGUGAAGGAAAUCAAAUGGGUAGCGUGUUAAAUCAAAUUUAUAUUGAGGAAGAUCCUAAAAUGAUGAGAAGAGAUAUAAUAAAAAAAAAAAAGAAACAAUAAAAAGAAUAAAAAUUGAUUUCAGCAAGAAGACUAAAACGAUUAUUGCGUAAAAAACCAGUUGAUAAAGUGAGAUUGGCAUAUUAAGCUUAUUUUUUUUUAGUAAGUCUAACUGUAUUAGCAUUAAGUAUUUUAUCAUAUAGAGAUCAGACAGUAUAUGAAGGAGAUUAUAAACAAUUUUUAGAUAACAUGGGUUCAUAUGUAAUAGACGAUAUUCAAUAUACUUAUACAAAUAAAAAUUGUAAGACUUAAUUUGGAAGUGAAUAUUCUUCAUUAUAUGAAUAUUAUUGGCCUGGAACAAUGAUUGGAUGUGAUUGUAGCUAGGGGUUUAAUUUUAAUUCAUUGAACAAUUAAAACACAGAAAAUGUAGAGGGCUUCUUUAAAUAAUCUUUUAUGCUUGGAAGAGUUUGUAGUUAAGAUAUGACAACGAAAAGUUGUGAAACGGUAGAUGAGUAAUAACCUAAGGUCUUUAACUCUUGGAACGAUGGUUCUUAUGGAAGACCCUUUGUUCUAUGCGCUAGAAGAAAAACAGGAAUUAGUUUAUAAACAAAUUAAAGUUAUUGUGAAUCAGAAAAUAAAACUAUAUGCGGAACAGGAGACAAUAAAUUUUGUGUUCCACCCGAUAUGAGUUGUCCAAUUUCAGAUAUUGGGUUUACAACUAAUUCUAAUUACUAAAAUUUAUCAAAAUUAAAUGAUACUAAUAUUGGAUUUAUUUAUGAUUUAGGAAAGGGGUUUUAUUUUUAUUACUUAAAGAAUACAUCAAAUUUACCUCUUAUUGAAUUUAGAGUUACAGAAAGUGAUAAGGUGUGCAGAAGGAAUUAAAAUUAGAAUAUCUCUCCAAACAGAAUUGAUUAUCCUCUUAUGACAGAUAGAAGAAAAUAAUGCGAAAAUACAGAUCCCUUAUUUAAAUUAAUUCAUUCGAUAGAUGAAGAAUAAUUUUAUUUAUCCAAUAAUGUAAUUUAUCUUAAGGAAAAAUUACCGUAUUUUAACAUAGAUACCAGAUAUAAUUGGACUAUGCAUUCUAAGACUUACAUUCCUUGGGCUCCAAAUUGCAGAGGGUAAUUAUUUGAUGAUGUAAUUCAUGAGGGAAGUACAUUAUCAUUUGUAUAUAUAUCCUUAAGAGUUUAAUUGGGUGUCACAAUAACAUAUUUUAUUGUUAUUGGUCUUAUAUUUAAUAUUGUUGGAAUUAUGACAGCUUGUAAUUUUGUUUGGUCUUGUAUGGCAACUCGUCCUGAUUCUUAAUAUAAUUAUAUAUUUUUGAUUGAAAUUGGCUUUAAGAUAGCUUUGUAAAUAGCAGAAAUCAUUGUUAUUUGUGUUUCAUUCGCUAUCAUUGAUACCAAAAGACUUGUAAUUAAAGAUGUCAAUGAUAAUAAUUGUGUUUCAGAUCCUGUAAGCGAUUACUUCUUCACCAAUCUAGAAAAUGAUUUAACUAGAUUCGCUUGGUCAUAUAAUCUAGCUAAUUUAGUCAUCUUUGCUAUUACAUUAAUUUUAGAUUUAAUAAUUAUAAAACACUCUUUAAAUCAAGGUCAUCAUCAUGGAGCUAAAAAGCAUCAUGAAAAGGGAGAACAUUAAGAAUUAGAAAUCGGAUCAAACGGAGAAUCAGUAAAUUAGUAAGAUGUUAAAAGUGAUCAAAAGCUAUAAGUUAAAAGUGAUAUAUUAUAGUCUCCAAAAUGA